AUGAAAGCAGAAGCAUUUCAGGACUUGAAUAAGUCAGUAAGGAAUGUCAACAUCAAUUUCAAAACCGUCGAUGGAAUUGUUCGACUGUUGAUGAUAACACCGUUUUCGGACCAGUCAGCGCCAUUGAAUGAAACGAUUUCGGUAAAUUCAACUGACAUGACCAUCAACAUGAAUAACAAGGGAAACGAACAAGCUGUAGAGGGUUCCAGUUUACUUCGAAUCAUGAUAAUUGAAACAACAGAAAAAAUUGUUCUUUCAACUAUGUGCACAGAGAAUUCACAAUUCUGA